AUGCUUGCUUAUGACUUGAUAAGAGGCGACAAACAUGGCCCUCCCCUCAUCCGAUCCAUCUCCCAACGCCUCUCGAAACGGUUCACGGUCUGGCAAUCUGUUGUCCUGACUUUUCUCUGGCUCUACAUUUGCCGAAACUUUGCGAAGAUCGUUGGCCUCGAAUCCCCCGAACCCCUUGCAAAUCUGUACAGCAGAGCAUACUUUCGGGCAACAUGGAUUACCACAGCUCUGGACGCUGGUUUUUGGAGCGCCAUGCGCAUCAGAAACAAGACCAUCAGGGAUCUAUGCUCAAUCAUAUUCUCGGUGUAUUAUCUCUUUGCGGCAGAACAGGCGGAUGAAAAAGUACGCAAAGUUCGCGCCGUUCUGACGGUCGAUCAUCUACGAGUCGCAUGGAACAAACCAACCACACCUUAUCUGAAGUUCUUCACGGCGUUAAUGCGGCCUCGUUUUACCAAGUACAAGCCGCGGCGGAUUCGAAUUCCUCGCCCGAAGCAGUCGCAUUACAAAGAACCCGUCGUUGCCUGGAUGUACUUCGACGGCUCCCUGGCCGAGCUGGAGAAGCAGGAGAAUGUGGUUCUAGACAUCCCAGGUGGAGGCUUCGUUGCCAUGGAUCCAAGGACAAGUGAUGACAAACUGCUUGCCUUGGCCGGAAGAACAGGACUGCCAAUUCUCAGUCUCGACUACCGCAAGGCGCCCGAAUAUCCUUACCCGUACGCACUGAACGAGUGCUUCGACGUCUACACCCAAAUCGUGGCAACUCGGGGUCGGUGUAUUGGUAUGAAACCGGACUCGUGCCCCAGAAUCGUGAUCACGGGCGACAGCGCAGGUGGGAAUCUGGCAUGUGGCACGACUUUGAUGGUCAUCCAAUCGAAUCAGAGCAGCACAUCUCGAGGAAUCCUGCCGUCCCCGGCCGGGCUCGUUCUCCUGUACCCGGCGUUGGACUUCAAUAUUGGCAGCUGGAUGACAGAUGACCAAAUGGCGCUGAUUCGCAACCCGCGAACCGCGAAGAAAUACGAACGGUUCAUCAAGCGCAAGAGUGAGGACAUCGAUCGCCGAUAUACCCCGACAACUCCAAGACCCCUGAGCGACGAUGAGGAAGAUCCCAGUCACGAUUUCUUCGCACCUCGAGUAGAAAGCCCUGGCCAAGAAGAGAAACCCCUUCGCACAAGGAGCACCGACGUCGAAGCACAACAGCAGGCUGUCGCCCUCUCUAAGCCUCAGCCUCUCAAAACAAGACUAGCCGUCUCCAGCAUCAUCUCCUACUUUGGCGACCGAAUCCUCACGCCAGAAAUGAUGCGUGCAAUGAUCAUCCUCUACGUGGGGCCAUAUCAUCGACCUGACUUUACAACCGAUCAUUUGCUAUGUCCCGCUGUCGCCUCUGAAGGUCUCCUGGCGAAGUUUCCUAAAACAUACUUCCUGACCGGCGAACGUGACCCGCUGGUUGAUGACACCGUCAUCUUCGCCGGCCGACUACGCCAGGCAAAACUUCACCUCUUCCAUGAGCGACAAGAGGUCGGCCUCGAGAAAUCAACAGCUGAGUUUAAUGAGAAGGAUCAUGUUGAAGUGACCCUCAUUCCGGGAAUAUCUCACGGAUUCGUGUCCUUUGUAAGCAUCUUCCCCGAGGGUUGGAAGCAUGUCUUCCGCUGCGGGAAGUGGAUUCAGGAUAUUUUUGCAAUGCCACCUCAUCAAUUUGAAGGUCCGGCGAUCGAAAAUAGGUUAAGACAGGGGACAUUCACACAUGACUCAGGCAGCUCGCUUGAGCUUGCGACGACAACAGAAACAAGGCAUCACAAAAGGACACCCACAGGAGAAAGUAUGGAUGACGAUGCACCAUUGAUCAUGUCGAGUCUUGGCUCCGGCAAAGAAUCAACACCACCAGCGGCCAGAGCGAAUGGAGCCACGAAGGGGGAGAACAAUCAGCGACAACAGGAAGACAAGGCAAAGGGCGCGGAUAAUCUUGGCCGAAGCAAAAGCCUCAUAAGUCUCGGCAGUGAGGAGGACCUGCUGAAGCGGAGGAUGAAGGGAUUGACGGUGGGAUUACUGGGGUCUCAUGAUUCUUGA